GCAGCGCGCCGUCUCGAUUGUUGCUCAUUCCAAGCUCGAUUUGCGCUCGCAGCAGCCGAAAUAAUGCGGCUCCUCUUGCUCCUCGUGGCCUUCUCCCCGGCCUGCUUCGUCCACGCGCAAACUGAGCCUCCCAUUCCAGCGGCUUCGAAUGUGGCCGAGUUGAAUGUGAUGGGCUUCACCGCCGUCGGAUGGGACAAUACGUCUUUGACCGCAACACAGAUACUGGAGGAAAACCUGGAUCUGGUUAGAAUCGCAACCGUAAACACUGGCGUAAUUGACAGGGACAGAAUUUUCGUGCUGCCUGAAUACGCAUUUACCACCACCAGGGUGAUGAACGAACGCCCCUUGGCCCUGGUGAUGGCCCAGCUGGUUGGCGACCCUGGCGAGAACGUGCUUCCCUGCUCCAGCGGCAAUGAGGGCCUCGAGUACUUGUUGAUGAAGCAACUAUCGUGCAUUUCGCGGCAAAACUUCGUCUACCUGGUGGCCGCCGUCCUGGAAAAGGAGUCUAGAGAGUGUCAAACGGGAGAAACUGCCCCCUCCUGCUUCAAUAUUUUCAGCACGACAAUCGUCACCGACAAGAACGGAUUCUUCAUCGCCAAGUACCGUCGUUUCAAUUCCCUCGAGCAAGGGUCGGUGAUCAACCGGCCGAUCGAAGCGACUCCGACGACGUUCACAACGGCGUCUGGCUUUACCUUCGGGCUCCUGACUGGCAACGACCUGCUCUUCAGGGAGCCGGCGCAGUCGCUCCUCAGGAGAAACGUCACCCAGUUCAUCACCAACGGCGCGUGGCUCAACACCGUGCCCUUCGAAUUCUCGGUGAACGUAUUCCAGGGGUGGAUUGAAGCGAACAAAGUGUACCUGGCGGCGGCCAACUACAUGGAACCCGAGCGUGGCUACUCGGGAAUCGGCACCUACCGCUCCUUCUCCGGCGGCUUUCUCCGCAGCGAGAUGGUUAGUGGCGUCUCCGGCGGUUCCGUGGCCAUCGGCGACACGUUGAGCGACCUGAGCUCCCUGCGGCGCCGCAAGCGCCAGGAUAACCCAAAUAACGUGGUGGGCGUGGCUCCGGCCGAUUUGUCAAAAUUCGUAUCGGUUGAGGUUCCGCUCAGCCCGACGUCCAGACAGGUUCGCGCCUGCCAUGAAACCUUCUGCUGCGAUCUCACCUACAGUACAACCACCACCCUGACCGACACCACCAGCGUCGCCUAUCGGCUGUUGGUUUUCGGCGGAAACCGCACAGUCGAGGGCGUCGCGCAGCCCAUCUUUUUGGAGCAGACGUGCGGGCUGGUCGCGUGCGCCAGGGGUGCCGAAAAUGCGAUCGACUGCACCGCCACGAAGGAUCAGACCGCCUACACAAACUCCGUGUCCUUCUCCUCGCUGUCGCUGCAGGGUUCCUUCUCCACCAAUUCAGUCAGACCGAUCACCAUGAGUGGCGAACCCAGCAUAUUCAGCUCGCUCAGCCUUGGCACCCUCAAAACCGAACAAAUUUCCGAAAGGAAUUACACGGUGAGCUAUGAAGUACCUCGUGGACUAUUCAUCAAAGUGAAAACCUUCGCCCUGACCGCGACGGACGUUCCUGCACCCCCACCCCCACCACCGCCGCCUGCUGGCCCAAAUAUGAGCACCUUAGGAAAGGCGUCAAGUGCUUUCUUGAUGCUUCUCGCUGCGUUGGCCGCCAAACUGGUUUAAAUUUAUAUGAAUUAUUUAUUGUUUGAUUUAGAGGAAAUUAUAUAGCGUUUUUAAAAA